UCUCCCUCCCAUCUGGGGCGGAAGUGAGGUUGGGACGGUGUCCGGUUGCUGCGCAGAUUCGGGAGGGGAGCGAUUGAGCUAGGGGGAGAGGCAGACCAUCGGACAGACAGAGGGACAGAGGGAAAGAGGGAUCGCCGCACAGCCCGGGCCGCUCUAGCAGCUUCUGAGAAGGCGCCGGCCGUGACGAAGACUAGCCUCCGGAGCCCAGCAUCAGCGCCCCGAGCCCGGAACGUCUUCGGCGGCGGCGGCGGCGGCCGCAUCUCUCCUCCGGGGCCUCCCUACCCCCAGCGUCCAGCGUCGUCCGAGAACCGAGGCCGAAUCCCCGCCGCCGCCGCCGCCGCCGCCGCCGCCGCCUGAGCCCGCGCCCCAGCCGCCGAGGCUGCUGCCGGGGGACCGAAGCAGGGAGAGCCCCUGCAGCCGCCACCCGAGCAAGCUAGCCCGCCUGCCCCCGUCGUCGCGGCUCGUUCUUGAAAUCAUGAAUCCUGUUUAUAGCCCUGGAUCUUCAGGGGUUCCCUAUGCAAAUGCCAAAGGAAUUGGUUAUCCAGCUGGCUUCCCAAUGGGCUAUGCAGCGGCUGCUCCUGCCUAUUCCCCUAAUAUGUACCCUGGAGCAAAUCCAACUUUUCAAACAGGUUAUACACCCGGUACACCAUAUAAAGUGUCCUGUUCACCCACCAGUGGGGCAGUGCCACCUUAUUCAUCAUCACCGAACCCUUAUCAGACUGCAGUGUACCCAGUUCGAAGUGCCUAUCCACAGCAGAAUCCAUAUGCACAGCAAGGCACUUACUACACCCAGCCUUUGUAUGCAGCACCACCUCAUGUAAUUCAUCACACCACAGUUGUGCAACCAAAUGGCAUGCCAGCAACUAUGUACCCUGCUCCCAUUCCUCCCCCAAGAGGAAAUGGUGUGACUAUGGGAAUGGUUGCUGGGACCACUAUGGCAAUGUCAGCAGGUACUUUGUUGACUACUCAUUCCCCUACUCCAGUAGCCCCUCAUCCAGUUACUAUGCCCACAUAUCGGGCCCCAGGAACACCAACCUAUAGCUACGUGCCCCCACAAUGGUGAUCAUCCUGGCAAAUGUUUGAAGAUGGGAGAUAUGCAAUCAAGUAAUUGAGGUUUAACAGUUGGUGCUGAAGUCCCUCAUGCCUCCAACCAGGACUUUCUUUCUUCUGAAUGCUUUCAACACUUUGCUAAACACUACUAAAUUCAGAUCACUGAAGAUUUCCAGUGCUGCAUAUCUUACAUCUUGGAACUCCAGUAGUUAGUCUUAAAGCAAAUCCUGUUUUGUGGACUGUCUUGCAAUUUUUUAGCUAACUAUAAUGAUAAAAAGGGAGUAUAAAUUUAUUCUGAUCCAUAUCUAGUUGAAUGCAUGUUUAAAUACACACACACACACAUACACACACACUCACACACACAAACACAUACCCUUACAUGCACACACAUACACACAAAAACACACACACACACACAAACACAAACACACACACAAGCUUGCUCAAUCUACCUGCAAUGACUGAUGCAAAACCAUCAUAUGCAAAAUCCAAAGGAACUGAAAAGUAUUUUACAACUUGUUAUCAAUGCACUGUUGUAACGUAUGCAAAGUCUUAAAAAGGUAGAGUCGUGAAAGUGAAUUUCUUUAUAGAACAUCAUAAUACUCAUUAGUAAGUGCUUCAACUUUUGGGGGGUUGAUAAGUUGACAGUUAAGGACAUGGAUUUUUUUUUUUUUUUUUUCAUUUUAGGCAAUUAUAUUUCUUUUCCAAUUGAAUUCAGUUAUUACAAGUAGAAGUGACUGGAGGAAAGAUCUGGCAGGGACAAAAUUCCUGCACAAAAUCAGUUUUCCAAGCAUCCCUUUUUCAGUUGUAUUAUAUGGAGUCAGUGUUACAUAGAUUUUCUUAAAGAUCAGAAUGAAAUGCUAGAUUGUGUGGCCAGUAAGAGGGGGUAAGGUGAACAAAGCGCCUUUUUUUUUUUUUUUUUUUUUUUUUGGUUGCUUAAAUUUUGAAUGCAAAUUUCUACUACAAAUUCUGGAGAAGUAAUUUCUAUAUCUUAUUGAAAACACAUCAAGUAUAUAAUCAUCAUAUUUCCAUGCGAUGAAGGAUAGGUUUAAAAGUGAUACUGCCACACUAUUGGGACAUAUCAGAUUCCAGUUUAUUCCAUUUGUUUCCUAAAAAAUGUUCGGUUCAGCUGAAAAAUAUAUGUACAUUUUGACCUAACUUACUUUAAAAAAAAAAUGUAACAAAACGUGUAGGGCACUGCUAGGUGUCCCCCCCACUCCCCCCCACAAAUAAGCAAGAAUUCAGUUAUACGUUAUGAAUAAAGUUUGUAUGCUUAAGAAUUUAAGGGGAACAAAGCAAGGUUUUUUUUUUUUUUUUUUUAAAUGUCCUUAAUCUGAUGUUUCUUAUAGUGGAUUAUGCAUACAUUUGUAGCAGGGCUGUCAGAAAAUAUGAACAUUAAAAAAAUAGGGAGUUUUUCUUUCAAUUUGCCAAUUGAUUUCUGACCAUAGUAUGGGCUGCUUGUGAGUCACAGUAUUUUUUGAUGCAAACUUAAAUUUAAUUUUACCUCAGAUGUCAUUUGGGAAGCAUGACCAUGAGUCCAGCUGCAGAUUAGUGUUUUGUUAUUGUUGAGUCUAUUCCAUUGUCCUUUCCUUCUUUCUUACAACAGUAAUAAUUCAACUCAAAGUAAAUGCUGUUAGGAAUGAAGGACUAGCAUUAGAAUCAAUUUGCAUGCCAGAAAUAUUGCUGAAAGGAAUUUAACUUAGAAAUCUGAAUAUUGUGGGAAAAAAUCACAAGGGUUGGUUUUGUGUCCCCCCCCCUUUCCUGUCCUCCCCCCAGAGCCUGAUUGACUUAAUAUAUGUGAAUCUGAUAAGUUAUAGUGCAGUAAAUGGCUACAUUUUGUUCCCUUUUAAGAGUUUACAGAGAGGUCUGUCAGGCUGUAGCAUAUGCAGUUUUAUUACAACCCACAAGUGAGUUUGAAUGGCACGUUUUUGUGGGAGGGUGGGAUAUCCUGCUCCUUUUGUGGAUUUGACAACUCCUUCAAGCUAGUACCCUAUGCCUCCACUCCAGUAUCCUUCCCUGGUGGGGAGGGAUAUGUGCUCCUGAACAACCCGUUGAGAUGAGUGAGAGUCUUUAGUAACUUUAUUUUUUACAGUAAGCACUCUUUUUUUUUUAAAAAAACUUCAACAAUUUAGUUUAUAAAAUUUAGGAAUAUUUUUGCAUGGAUCACUGUAAACAGAAGACCCUUUAUUCCUAAUGCCUCUUGACAUAAUUAUAGUAUUUACUUAGAAAUACUUUAAAAUGUUUCAUGAGCACUUAAUGCAUCUAAGGACUACCAUAUAUGUCUAUGGAACAGAGAUUUACCCCCAGAGAAAACAAAUUGAAUCUGUAGUUUGUUCCAAUCUGUUUUUCAUAACUCCAUUUGUAUAAUGAACAGGUUUGCAGAUAGUGACUGAUAGGAUGCUCUGCUUCAUGGACUAAAGUGAAUGAACUGAUCGAACAAUUUUUUGAGUUUAUCAAUAUCUAGUUUAGAAGAAGAUUCACUGUCUUAAGGCAUGUCCUUGAUUUAAAAAAAAAAAAAAAUAGCUGUGAGGCGUGGAAUCGUUCAGAUUUAAGAAACUAUACAAGAUGGCUCUAAAGUCUUUACUGUAUAAUUUCUUGUUCCACAGGAAUAAGCAUGAAACAUUGGAACCAUAUGAGGGAGAAUUUUCUUAAAUGCUGUCUUAGAUAGCAUUUUUGAGAGAGAGAUUCUCUGUAUAUUACAUUUUUCAUUAACAUCAGGUUCUCAAAUGUAAUUUUUUUUCACCCAGUGAUACUUUCUCUUCUGUACCUCCUCCUCCUCCUUUUCCUCUUUUUAAAAAUUUGGGUAGUCUUGUUCAUUGAAUACUUUUACUAAAUUGCAUUAUGGGAUUCAUCUACAAAGAGAAAUUUUCAUUUUUUGUAGUUAUCAAGAUACCAUCUAUUGUAAAUGAUUCAGCAUAAUGAGAGAGAAUGAGAAAGAUGACUUUUGUUAACUAAGGACACGUGCCUGGUCACGUGAAUAAUUAGAGUAGUAACAAAACUUGGUGAUAGGGGAUAAAUAUAUCUUAUCUUAAUGACAUUUUGUUAAAUUAAAAAAAAUAAAGAAAUAUAACUAGGGUCAAAAUUAUACACUAUAAAGUUGUAUUUUUAGGAGACAAAUUAUAGCAAUAAAGAACCUCCUGAAACCUUCUCCUUUUUAUAUUACAUUCCUGAUUCAGGACUCCUACAAAUGCAAGCAUUUAGUUGUAUUGGGACUUACUAGGAAAUGGAAGGCAGAACAGCAGCAUUGGGGAAAUGUACUGGUUCCUGUCAAUGUUUGGCAGCUUUAUAGGAGUGAGAUUUCUUAUGAUAUAACUUUUAACCUAAAGACCCAAGAGAUCUAGUGUAUCAGAUCUGUAGAUUCUACUGUUUUUAUUGCAAUAAAAAUCUUGUUUAGGAUCUGUGGUAGUGUUCAGUUUAUUAAACCUAGCAACACAUGCAGGCUAUUCUUUGGGAAACAAGGCGAAUUAUUGUAAUUAGAAAUUCAUCAGUCAUUGAUUGGCAUAGUUCAUUACUAACCAAGCAAUUUAGAAAAUUUAAAAAUCAGUCUUUUUAUAAAACUUGAAAAAUAUGUUAGUAAAGUUCUAGUUUUACAAAAUUGUUAUUCAUUGGAACUUUUUCCUUGUAUGCUAUGCAAAUGAAAUAUUGAUUCAGUGGAAAAGAACCAGCAAUCCUUUGGGCUAUGCUAUUAGCAAAUUUCUUUUCUUAACCCCACCUGUCAUUUUUACCUGAUGUCACCCUUUAACCCAGUUUGUCAUACCUAGGCUUUCUGGUGUCAUCUGCUCUAGAACUAAAGGUGUUUGAAAUUAGUAUGCUUUGUAUUUGUUAAUACUUUACAAGUAGUCAGAGGAAAUAACGUUCUUGUCUAAAACUAGAAGUAAUUUAAUUGAUUUUAUCUAGUAGUUUGUACUCCUGUGCAUAUCUGUUAUUUAUUUUAGCAUAUCCACGGGUGGGAAAAGGCGGGGAAACACAUCAGAAAUUUAAAACCUGCAUGAGAAAUCAAAUGCAACUGUAUCUGCCUGCCUUUUAAAGAAAUACAAGCAUUACAAAAAAAGUGUUCUGGAAAAUUUGGCUCAGUUUCCCUGUCCUUAGAUUGUUAAUUUGUGGCAGAGACAUAUGUGGUCUGCACUGUUUUGAUUGGAGAACAUAUCAUCUUCUUCAUCUUGAAUUCUCCUCUGUGGCUUGAAUGUUAGUCUGAAGCUUUUAGAAAAAUACUCCCAAAUGACUGUGCUUCAUUUAGCAGAGGGACAGCAAUAAAGUCCUAAUCAAUUGUGAUUUAAUAUGACUGUAAUAAAUUAGUAGUUGGAUUGGAACAAAUCACUUGUUUUAAUUUUUCUCUUGCUUCCUUCAAAGGAGGAGAGGCUUCUCCUUGCUAAAUGAACUUAUUUUAGGUGAGGGGAGGUAAAAGUUCUUGUCCAAGACUUUCAUUUUACUAAGCUCUCUUCAGAAACUUCAGAAUUAUUUUUAAGUGGCAUUUGUGCUUUAUUGGACCUAAAUUUACUAGGGAAAGUAGUUGGUAUAUUUUAGAUAACACACAAAGAAGUAGAGUAGGUGGUUAUUUAGAGAAUAUAUAAAAGAAAAAUAGUAAAUUGGCCUUGGGUUUUUUUAAUCCCUGAAGAAAAAAAAACCGCCCCAAUCAACAUCCUGUGUCAUUCAUGCAGUCCCAUCUUGGUUCAGAGAUCUUUUCCAGAUUAAUUGGGACUUUUCUAUCAGGUUUAUGAACCUUUUGAAGAUGAAACAAGGGAGGGGUACUGAUAAAGGAAACCAUUGCUUGGUGUACAUGGGUGGAGGGAGAGGAAACCUGAUUAACUUCAAGAGAAAACUCAAAUUGUCGAAUGCAAGAUUUGUGAACACUGACCACUACCAGAAGCCUAUAUUCUUGUUGGUCAUAAUUACAUGACCAGCCUUUUCCCAGCUUCUUGGAACUGAAUUAAAAGAGUGAUUCUGACCACCUUGUUGGUAGGGUCAGGUUUGGGUCCCAGCAGUAGACUGUCUUGAAAGGUUUGUUUUAGCUGGUUCCUGUACAGACGUUUUUAAAUAGAAUGGAUUUGUUAGUGUUCUUUUUAUUGUAGUACUCUUACUGGCUGCCCUGUGUCCAAAACAAGUGAUUGCAUGCAACAAAAGUACAAAUGAAAAGGACCCAAUAAUAGUUCUCCAUAUUUUGUUAUUGAGUAGACACAGGUUUCUUUUUUAUCAUUUUUUAAAAAUACUGUUUUUCAGACAGUUAUGUUGGUACUUUUUUUUUUUUUUUUAAAGUUAGGUCAGUGUUGUCUUCCAAAAUGUUAAAAAGCAUCACUCACUUCUGCAUUGAACUUAAGGUGUCAACACGAAGGUGUGGAAAAUCCAUCCUGAGCCAGUUCAAUUAUGUGUAAAUUCAUACUUUUUUAUUUUUUAUGCAAUCCGAUGAGUAGAUGAGCUCAGAUUUAAAAUUCUUAAAAAAGCACGUUUAUUGUAACAAGAAUUGUUAUGUAUUAAUACUUCAGUUUUCAAUAAAGAUUGACUUGUGUUGCUUA